UGGAUGAAGAAAUACAAACCAAAGACUUUUCCUCCAUUGAAAAGUAGCGAACCAAUCAAUCAGCCUUAUGGUUAGUAGUUAGUACCACUAACUUAGUAGUAUAUAAACAGAUGAUGGGUAUGAAUAUGUGAUCUUAUAAAUCCUCACCUUCAUUUCCAAAACCAAUAUCCAAAAGUUUUUCAUUUUUUUUCUUUCUUUCUUGUAAACCAUGGGUCUAUUUUCGUUUUGGAAACUUCUAAAGGAGGUGGUGGGUAUGUUAAACGAAUCCCGCAAACUCUUUCUCAAGAACAAGAAGCUGAUGUUCUCUGUCUUUGUAUUUUAUCUCGUGCUCAAUGGUUUACUUUACUUAUUCAACGUCCUUACUAUUACACCCGAGAUAACAAACUUGACUCAAGAUUUAAAUUUGUUACCUACGAUGGAUCCUAGCAGCCCGGAAUACAUGGCCCAACUUAUGAAGGUCUUUGCAGAUUUUCGCCUAUUUGUCGUUUCUUCAGACAUCUUUAACGCUGUCUCCUUCAUCAUCAACAUAUUAUCCGUUCAAGUCAUCGUCCACGCUUCAGCUCUUACUUAUAAAAAGGAGAACGUCAAGUUCAAAGAUUUUGUGGUUCUAAUUCUUAAAUCUUGGAAGGGACCUCUUGUGACCUCUUUCUACAUUUCUCUCUUUAGUCUUGGCUAUUGCUUGUUCUUCCUUAUAAUCAUUUUUCCUAUUCUUUUGUCAUCUUUGAGUAUUGCUUCCUUGUUUUCCUUGGUAUCCAAGAUUUUCGUUUUACUCGUUCUGUUCUUAUUGUUUGCGUCUUAUUUAGCUACUGUCUGGUACCUAUCUAUUGUCAUAUCAGUACUGGAGGAAACUUAUGGGAUACAAGCUUUGGGAGAAGCUGCAAAGAUUGUUAAAGGAAUGAAGCCAAAACUAUUCCUCUUGAAUAUUUUCUACGGUUUAUUGAUCUUUGGUUUAGCUCAGAUCGUGGCUCUAGUGAGUCUAGCGGUCGAUAGGAGCCAGUCAUUUGCGGUUACCUUAGCCACCGGUUUGUAUCUAGCGGUGUUAACAUUUGUGGCGAUGUUUUUACUUAUGACUUACACCGUUGCAUAUUUCCAAUGUAAGAGCCCCCACGGUGAAGACGUUGAGAGGCUGCGGGAUGUUGAGUAUACGACACUACCCACUACUUCGCUUAUAGGAGCAUGAGCAUUGCCUUGAAUUCUUUAAAGAGACGCACAUAAAAUGGUAUAGUCGCAUGGAUGGAUUGUUUGUUUUGUUUUGUUUUGGGAUUUGGUAGACCACUGUAAUAAAUAAUAAUCAAUGGUUUGGUUGAUAAUAAUAAUAGUAAUAAUAAAAAAUAUUUUACUUCUUUUA